AUGAAGCUUCUUGGGAUUGCGGUUUUGCUUCUUUCUACAGUCACUUCAUGUUACUGCGAAGGUUGUUUGGAUUUUGUGUUCUCUAACAAUACCGUUUACGCUUCCUGCACCGUUCUCCCCGUGCUCAGCUCCGUCCUGCACUGGAACUACCACCGGGAGAAUCACACGGCGGAUAUUGCCUUCCGGCACGGCGGCGUCACCUUCUCGGACUGGGUGGCGUGGGGCCUGAAUGUGAACGGAUCCGGGAUGAUAGGGUCGCAGGCUAUGGUGGCGUUCCGCAACUCCACCAGCGGCGCCGUCGUCGUUUACACCACUCCUGUGUCCUGGUUCAAUACUCGCCUUCGACCUGGCCCGCUCAGCUUCCGGGUGCCCAAGAUUUCCGCCAACUUUUCCGGCGACGAGAUUGUCAUCUUCGCCGCCUUGGAGCUCCCCGCCGGGCGGACACGCUUCAACCACGUCUGGCAAGACGGCUAUGUCGCCUGCUCCGCCCCUCGUAUGCACGCUAUGUACGGAGACAAUUUGCUGUCUUCUGGAUCCGUGGACUUCGCCGUCUCCGGCGAAUCCAGUCCCGCCGCCGAAAUCGCCGGCGACUCAUCCGAUCCUUGGUCACGCCGAAAACGCGUGAGUCAUUAUCUUUUCCCUUUAAAUCUUAUGAUGAAUGUUCACGGCAUCCUGAACGGCCUGAGUUGGGGAGUUAUGAUGCCGAUUGGUGCAAUGUCGGCCAGGUACGUGAGGGUGUUCAAGUCCAUCGAUCCAGUCUGGUUUUAUCUACACGUCGGAAUCCAAACGACGGCCUACCUCAUCGGCGCCGCCGGAUGGGUCACCGGCCUUAAACUCGGCCAUGAUUCCCCCGGCAUUACACAUCGCCAGCACAGGAACCUCGGCAUCACCCUCUUCUGCCUCGCAACCCUUCAGGUGUCGGCGGUGAUAUUCCGGCCAAAACCCAAUCACAAGUUCAGAUUUUACUGGAACGUGUACCACCAUACGAUUGGGUACACAACCAUUCUGUUAAGCAUCUUAAAUGUGUUCGAGGGGCUUCAUAUUUUGGACGGUCCCAAGGUUUUAUACAGCGUCGUCGUCAUCGUCCUACUCGCCGUGGUGGUGACCAUGGAAGGCGUCACAUGGCGGAUUGUCCUCGCCAGAAAAAGCUCUGAUGAUGAUAAUGAGAGCAAUCAAGCCGAUAAUAGUGGACAUGCUGCCUAG